AUGAACUUCACCAUGACAUGUGUCUCCUCCUCCGACCUUGUUGUGGCCGAACUGAGCCAGCUCUGGGUGGUUAGCAGCUUGCUAAAGUGGAUCCAGAACCUGCUGUUGGCCAACUUUGCCUUUGCCAAGCUGUUCUCCCAGGAGGUCGUCCACCAGCUCUGCUCGAUGGAGAGAUCGAUGGCCUUGCGUCAUGAGCAUCCACGUAUCAACCUUGUUCGCAUUGUCAACAUUCUGGUCAUGUCCACUCACCAGCAGAUGGCUGGCGACAAGGCAUACUUUUUGGAUGUUAACACAUUACUACAUCCUGCCACCAACUUCAACUUGCCACUCGUGUCAUCACUGGACAUGAACAAAUAUGAGCAAGUGCUCUCGACCAUUCGUCAAUCAUUGCCAACAAUGUAG